AUGUCGGCUUUUCUUCUAAGGGUGGUGCCCCCAGCUCAUCCUGAAUCAAUCAGACAAGGAAAAAGAUUUCUGAAAACCAUUCCUCAAGGUUCAUUAGGAACAAGGAAUGACAAGAACAAGAUGGGCUGGAACUACUUUGUUUCUUCCUCCUCUCGAUCCUCUGGUGCAGAUUUCAGGCCUUCUUAUAUAGCUGCGGCUGUUUUAGAGCCUGAAAUUGGAAUCUCCUCUCAGCAGAAGGUUUAUGAUGUGGUUUUGAAGCAAGCUGGUUUAUUGAAAAGGGUGCAAGAAGAUGGUCAUGAAGAAGUGAUCAUCAAACCUGAUGUUGUUUUGCCAGGGACCUUAAGCUUGUUGAUGAAUGAAGCUUAUGAUCGUUGUGGUGAAGUUUGUGAAGAGUACAUUGCUGAUGACUUUGGAGAGGCGAAGGGCGAUUUGGGCAAUUUAUGGAGAACAGACGAGCUUGUUGACGGGCCAAAUGCACCGCACAUAACACCAACGGCGUUGGACAAAUGGGAAUCGAGACUGGAUGACAUUUUUCGUGGGCGUCCAUUUGACAUGCUUGAUGCUGUAUUAGCAGACACUGUUUCCAAGUUCCCUGUCGAUAUUCAGCCCUUCAAAGAUAUGAUAGAAGGAAUGAGAAUGGACCUUAGAAAAUCGAGAUACAAAAACUUUGACGAAUUGUACCUGUAUUGUUACUAUGUGGCCGGGACUGUGUCCCUCAUGAGUGUCCCUGUUAUGGGCAUUUCUCCAAAAUCUAAAGCCACGACCGAGAGUGUUUACAUCGCAUCCCUAGCUCUGGGAAUCGCAAAUCAGUUGACCAACAUCCUUAGGGACGUUGGAGAAGAUGCUAGAAGGGGUAGAGUAUAUCUACCUCAGGACGAGUUGGCUUUGGCUGGGCUAUCGGACGAGGACAUAUUUGCUGGAAAGGUAACCGAUAAAUGGAGGGAUUUCAUGAGGAAUCAAAUAAAGAGGGCUAAAAUGUACUUCGAUGAAGCUGAGAAAGGAGUUGCAGAACUCAGCUCGGCUAGUAGAUGGCCAGUGUCGGCUGCAUUGGUUCUGUAUAGGCAAAUACUUGACGAGAUCGAACAAAAUGACUACAACAACUUCACAAAGAGAGCUUAUGUUAACAAACAUAAGAAGAUAAUUACAUUACCGUUUGCAUAUGCCAAAACUCUCGUUCCCUUCGUUAACAACGUCCAAGCAUAA